GCGCGUUCGACGGAGAAGGCACACUUGGUCUCCAUCACCACUGGACGUGACACCGGAUCGCCAUGGCCUCCUCAACUGUCUCCUCCACCUCCAUCACCACCAUCCCCAUGGACAACGGAGAGCUUGCAUCUCAUCAAUCCACUGAAGAGAUGAAGCCCAUGAUUGCCGACGUGGAGCCGCUUGAAUGCCUUCUUUAUCCAUCCGAAGAAAAUUGCUGGGCAGAAGAAUGCCCUAAAUGUGGCGACGAGAAUAAACGGCUACGUGACGCUGCCUGGAGUUCUGCUAGUGACGCUACGGAGAAGGAAGAGGAAGAGUGCGAGAAAGAGGGUUCGUGUGAUCUGCCCAGGGAGAAGACGAAGAGGACUGCAGAAGAAAUUCAUUCUGCUACUCCUAUCAAGAGGGUGAAGCUGCUCCCCGCUGGAAAAAAUUCAUCAUCGCCGUCCUCGCUUUCGGAGCGUUUGCUAUCCCCAUCUCUCUCGACGUUGUCUGCUGGCACUAUGAACACACAUCAAGAUAGUGUGGGAGGUAUGUCAUAUUCAAGUUACAACGCGCAUUUCUUCUGUGAAGAUGUGAAAAGAAGCGCCUGGAUGUAUGAUCUCUACCUUAAGGCUGUUGAGAGAAUGCCCAUGUCAAAGAUGCCGAGUCGCUACAUGGGAUUGUUAGAGAUGAGGAUUCCUCUGAACACCUCGAAAUCUAAGUUUAUUGUGAUGGGGUUAGAUUAUUCACGCGAAUUAGCACCUUUUGUUUCUCUUGAGAAUGUUCAAGGGAAGGGGGUUCUUCUGACCACUGACGAGUUCUAUGAUUUAAGUAUGGGGACUUGGGCAGUUGCUGUUGAUAUGCAUUUGAAAAAGCCAUCAUAUAAACAUAAAACUAAAACGUCCACUCGAGUGGAAUUGAAAUUAAGUAUGCUCCCUGGCAGCAAGCCUUGUGUUCAGGUGGAAUUGAUAGAGGGGAGGGAUAGUACUGGCUUUAUUUAUUUGGGAGAGGUUUCUUGGAAAACUCUCAUUAAUUUGAGAACUUUCAUUAACCAAUAUAUUGAUUUAUUACAUGAAGUCAGGGGAUCAUUGGCUCCGUAUUUUAACAAACUACUUAAUACUUGGGCUUAUAUGUGUUGUAAAUUUGAACGUCAAGAUGCUGAAGACAUCAAAAAACUUAUACAAUCUAAGAAAGCAUUCACCAAGAGGACUUUUACUGUUGAUGUAAAUCCAUUUGCUAAACUAGCUCCAUUCGCAGAAAAACAAUUUAUAAAUGAAUUGUUAUUUGUGUACCCCUAUAUGACUGCACCAUUGUUAGAACAGCUGGCUGAAAGCCCACCAAUGUCACAUCCCCCCUCCUAAUGAUAAAUGUAUGUCUUGCAGAUGUGGAAAUAAAUUUAUAUCCAAUAUUGUGGAAACUGGUCGUCUGCAUCACUGUUCACCUAUAUUGCAUCUUCAUCACAUGGAAACUACUGCCCUUAUGCUACUGGGGUAAAUUAGUAGCACUCCCGAUCCUCGGAUACGAAACGUUUGCUGUAUUGUAUCUUUGUGGUACUAUUAUUUUGUACUGUAUUGAUGGAGUAGCCACCACAUUUCUUAACUUAUACCAUGAUUUACAAUGCCCUCAUUGGCUCAUAACAAUACUGGAUUUCAAAAACCUUCACUCACUCGUGAAAGCUUCAUUCACAUGUAUGACUGUUUACUUUUUCGUGUUACUGAUGGAUCAAAUAAAACCUAAUCUCUCUGUAGUUAUCCUGUCGAAACUACUGCUUGUGUAUUAUAUUGUUCAUGUUAUAUUUUGUAUUGGAAGAGUUUUAGUAGAUAUUCUGUACUCUGCUCUGUAUGUUUAUCAUUUGUUAUACAGAAGAAUGACUGAGGUGUUGGUAUAUUAAUAAAAGAUUGUAAAAUAAAAAUGAAA